AUGUCCCUUACGCCAUCUGGAGUUCAACUUAUAGUCGAAAGACAUAGGCAAGACCUACAGUCUUCGUCCUUUUCAAGUGCAUCUGAUCCUCAUCUACAGGCAAUUACCCUUCGAAGAAUACAGAAUGACCUCCCACAUCUACUACGUGCAUUGAAUGCUAACAAAGGUAGCAAACAAUACGAGUCUGCCUAUGCCCAGCUUAAUUCACUUACAGAAACCGUCGACGAGCAGUCUUAUAAGGUCCAGAAAGCUGUUGAGCAGCGAAACGCUCAGAGGCAAGUGAAGGUUCCUCAACAAUCGGAAUCAGUAGGCCAAUCCACCUCUGAUCUAGGCAAGAAUGAUAACCCUGAGGAAGACUACAUGUCGCUCAGAAAGAGACUUUUGGCGGAUGGAACUUCCACGUCAUUGGAUGAUCAGAACAAAUCUGCUGACCAAAUGAACGAAUACCAUGAAACUUUCCAGGAAGAUAUCAUGAAGGAUCUUUCAGGUCUUGCUUCUGCGCUCAAGUCUUCAGCAUCUGCCUUCUCUUCCAAGGUUACGGAGGAUACGAAGGUACUCAACGAGACAAGCGAGAACAUGAUGAAGAGUCUGUCAUUGAUGGCAACUGUUGGCUCGAAUCUCAAUGGCUACUUGAACGAAAAGAGCGGAGGAAAGAUCAGUCUUUUCUUCCUUAUAAAGAUGAUGGUUGCCAUCAUGAUCAUCUUCUUUAUAGCGUUGAUUCUUAUCAACUUCUUACCUAAAAUGUGA